UGAUGGUUGGUCCCAGUACUCCUUCGAGUGCCUUUUGCGCUUAGCGUCGGAAAGAGGAGUUGCUUGCCUUACCACACAAACCACCUUAGCACUGGAAGUUCUAGCAAUGGGCAGCUAGGCAAAGGAAAAUUAGCUAUCUAAUGAAUAUGAAUUAGAUAAUAGAUUGUGGAUCUGUUCUUAGCUCGUGCAAUCAAUAAAAGCGGUCCUUCGCCUUAGUAAGCUAGCUUUCUAAGCCCGGGCGUGGAUCGAUCGUGACGAAAAUGGGACUAAUCCUCUGUACUGUAAUAGAAGAGUCAGAGUCCCUUCUCGACCAGACGAAGGAGAUAGGAAUGGAAUUCUGCCUUGACCCUCCUGGAGGCGCAAAGUUCAUAAUUCAGUGUGGUGCGGCCUAGUAGUAUUAUAAGGAUGUUGGUUUCGUAUAUAAGAAGACUGCUGCUUUUAGGAGAGUGACCUGUUCAUCUAACUCAAAAUAUUGUAAGAAGAAGAAGAAUCUUACGCCCAAAAUUCCCAUCUCUUUUUUCUUGGUUGGACCAACCGGCACCAGCCAUUUCCGUCUUCCUUAAUUGGGAGAGUCAGAAUCAGUCUCUCUUUGUUUGGUGUGGGGAGCAGAGCAGUCAAUGAAGGAACCUUUGCUUUGAAAAUGAUUGUUCUAAAAUGGUUAUUCCUCACAAUUUCUCCUUGUGAUGCUGCGGAACCAUGGCAAUUAGGAUCUCAAGACGCAGCUACACCUAUCAUGCAAGGAAUAAUAGACUUACAUCACGAUAUCUUUUUCUUCCUCAUUCUGAUUUUGGUUUUCGUAUUAUGGAUCUUGGUUCGCGCUUUAUGGCAUUUCCACUAUAAAGAAAAUGCAAUCCCGCAAAGGAUUGUUCAUGGAACUACUAUCGAGAUUCUUCGGACCAUCUUUCCUAGUCUCAUCUCGAUGUUCAUUGCUAUACCAUCAUUUUCUCUCUUAUACUCAAUGGACGAGGUAGUAGUAGAUCCAGCCAUUACUAUCAAAGCUAUUGGACAUCAAUGGUAUCGGACUUAUGAGUAUUCUGACUAUAACAGUUCCGAUGAGCAGUCACUCACUUUUGACAGUUAUAUGAUUCCAGAAGAAGAUCUAGAAUUGGGUCAAUCACGUUUAUUAGAAGUGGACAAUAGAGUGGUUGUACCAGAAAAAACUCAUCUACGUAUUAUUGUAACAUCUGCUGAUGUACCUCAUAGUUGGGCUGUACCUUCCUCAGGUGUCAAAUGUGAUGCUGUACCUGGUCGUUUAAAUCAAAUCUCUAUUUUGGUACAACGAGAAGGAGUUUACUAUGGUCAGUGCAGUGAGAUUUGUGGAACUAAUCAUGCCUUUACGCGUGCGCCCGGAAACAUAGGCCGACUGUUGAGCCCACUCUGGCUCAGCCGCACCACCCGGGGGUGCGAGCCACCCGAGAAGCAAGCUAUUACAGCGAGCGGCUGGAGCUGUAGGGAGCCGAGGAGCAAGGCAGUAGAUAAGAUAGAAGAAGGGGCCAGGCACCCGGUGGAGCAGAGGGGACGGUUAGGAUAACGAACUUGAAACGCGGAGCCCGAGCGGCUGGCGAGCGAGUGGUUAGUGGCCAAUAGCGCCCUAGUUGAUGGCAUUCCUCUCUGCGGCUGGCACUCGAGGAACCACAGGGCACUCCAUACAGAGCAAGCAAGUCUUAGGGAUGAGACGCCCGCGCAAGGACCUCAAUUCUCAUUAGGAGGUCGAACCAAGGACCUAUGGAAGUCGGGGCUACCCCGUCCCCAUGGGCAACGCAAUAGUGUCCUGAGGGAGGAGUUUAGAGGCCUUAUAGUAGCAUGGACUUCUUUAUCUUUCUAGGUCAUGCGAAGGGGGCCAGUCCAAGAUCAUACUGUUCCUCUACAAAGAUAAUAGACGCUCUCAACGGCUAGGUGCCACUCUCUUUCUGAGUUAUUCCAGCUUCUUCAUGAUUUCGUGCCGCGGUGAACAAACAAAAAAAAGAGGGCCGUCUCAGCGGAAGGAGAAGGACCUGCAACGGCAGAGACUACUGACCCUCUGCUUGUUCUUAGCCGUCUAUUACGAGUCCGGGAAGCCUGGAAUCAUAAAUAUGAGGGAUCCAGAAGGGUGGGCAGGGCUUCCGCAAGGGUUUUGAUCCCCUCUUCCCGGUCAAGAUAGAUGGGAAAGGAGUCCUAUCAAGUAAAGGCCAUAACCAGCCUCUUUUUUUAAUGUACACCUUUCUUUGUUUCAGGUUCUUCAAGACCUUCCUCCUGCUAAUCCGGCCAUUUCCGAACCUGUCUUUCCCACCCUUCUCAAUUCUUGCGAUUCCUAGCCAGCCCCCUUAGCUUAUUUUGCUUUAUAAAACCACUUUCCCCUUUUUCCAGCUUGCUGCUCGCUUUCUCGCUUCCGAGAGGUGCUUUAGCAACUCGGAGAGGGCCGAAGGCGCCUGACUUACGGUUUCAAAGCCUGGCGCGAAGCGAAGGGAUUGGAUUUCACCUAUGAUCAGAUUAGUGGGCAACCAUUGUUGACUUUUUUCGUGGUGUUGUUGACGUUGUUGAAAGCUAAUUUCGAAGUAGGCCUUGCUUUUCUCCGCUGGGAGCAGCUCACACUAUGGUGGAGGAGGUGCCGUGAAGAUCUAGGAGUGUGAGCAGUACGAGCUGAAAGGCUCCCAUACUGUUUGGAGGGCAGGGGGCAUAGAUGCCAAAGAAAGCUGACCCCUAUCUAUCGUCGUAGAAGCUGUUCCUAGGAAAGAUUAUGGAUCUCGGGUAUCCAAUCAAUUAAUCCCCCAAACCGGGGAAGCUUAAGCGGAAAUUGAAGAGUAAGGUGAGGGAGGGGGAAGAGCUAUCAAACUUUAGAGGCUUAACUCGCUCGCUCUAACGCUCGUUUAGUAGACAGCUCGUCAGUCAAGUACGUAACGAGCCUUGUCUACGAAGCUCCGCUCCCUCGUCUUGCUUGCUUCUGGCGAAGCUUCUAGCACUAGAAAAAAUAGGCUUGUAUGGCAGGAAUACCACUUUUGAGGCCGAUCACUACAUAGGAGCGAUAGAGAAGCCAAGCCGUAUAAAGGCGAGCAGCCCUUCUAGCAAUAGCAAACGGCCUACUUAUAGCCUUUUCCCC